GCCGCCCGUCUCCUCGCGCGAGGCUUCAGCUCUCGCGAGAAGGGCCUUGCGCGAGUCGCGGAACCAAUGGCGUUUCCGGCGCCGGGAUUCAAACGUGCGCGGGCGCUGAGGACGAGCGUGGGGCUGGUCCAUGGAUCUGAUCCGGGGCUUCUGCGGGAAGCUGCGGUCUCUGGCCGUCACCCUGGACGGCGAGACGGCUCGGCUGCAUCGAGCGCUGGACGGAGAGGACAGCGACUUUGAAGAUUAUCCAAUGAGAGUUUUACAUGACCUUCAUUCAGAAGUCCGGACUCUAAAGGAUGAUGUCAAUAUUCUUCUUGAUGAAGCAAGCCUGGAAAGUCAAGAAAGCAUUGGUUUCAUAAAGGCAACAAAAGUACUGAUGAAAAAAAAUUCAAUGGAUAUCAUGAAAAUUAGAGAGUUUUUCCAGAAGUAUGGAUAUAAUCCACGUGCCAAGGAAAAUUCAGGGGAUGAGCAAGAAGUCGUUGACUCUAAACCAGAGAACAAUAAACGUGAAAAUCCUGAGAAGCCUGAUGUGAAGGGUGAUUUGUCGGAUUCCGCUCCUCCAAGCAGUUCUGUUUCUGAGAAGCCUCCACGUAGUCCACAACUUUCCGAUUUUGGACUCGAGCGGUACAUGAUAUCCCAAGUUCUGCCAAACCCUCCCCAGGCAGUAAACAACGAGAAGGAAGAGCCAAAAAUUUUAACUCCAUUUUCCAAACGGCCACUAGUAAAAACUCCCAAAUGUGCACUAAAGAUGGAUGAUUUUGAGUGUGUGACUCCUAAAUUAGAACACUUUGGUAUCUCUGAAUAUACUAUGUGUUUAAAUGAAGAUUAUACAAUGGGACUUAAAAAUGUGAAGAAUAACAGUGAGGAGGCCAUAGAAACAGAACCAGUGACCAACAAUAAUUUCUUUGCCACUCCUGGCCCCAUAACCCAGCCAUUGGAAAAAAAUGAUGCCGAGCAUACACAUUCUCCUGUGGCACCUACAUUCUGCACUCCUGGUUUGAAAAUCCCUUCUACAAAGAACAGCACAGCUUUGGUAUCCACAAAUUAUCCAUUAUCAAAAACAAAUAGUUCAUCAAAUGACUUGGAAAUGAAAGACAGUACAUCGUUAGUUUUAAAUUCAGACGAGUGCUUUGAGAAUUUUGCGGAUCCCUCUUCUCCUACGAUUUCUUCCUAUGAGAAUCUGCUCAAAACACCUACACCUCCAGAAGUAACUACAAUUCCAGAAGAUAUUCGCCAGAUUUUAUCAAAAUACAACUCAAACCUAGCUACUCUGGUAGCAGUUAGAGAAGUGCCGCCCAGCAGAGUGUUCCUUCCUCGGUGUGAAGGACAGGACGUCCGAGACGCUGGCAACAGAGAAAACUGGUGAAAGUGCGUAUGUUCCCAUCCUAGAGGGACUAGAUUUGUUACCUGAGGAGAACACUGGAAUGGUAAUAAACACUUGUAAUUGACAUCUGCCAGCUACGUAACAGCCCAUCUUUUUUUUUUUUUUUUUUGCGCGGUAUGUGGACCUCUCACUGUUGUGGCCUCUCCCGUUGCCGAGCGCAGGCUCCGGAUGCGCAGGCUCAGCAGCCAUGGCUCACGGGCCCAACCACUCUGUGGCAUGUGGGAUCUUCCCGGACUGGGGCACGAACCCGUGUCCCCUGCAUGGGCAGGCGGACUCUCAACCACUGCGCCAUCAGGGAAGCCCCCCAUCUCUCUUUUGGUCCAGAAUUCGUGAUCCCUGCAUCUCAGGCUCCCACACUACCAUGUUUUACAAUGUCACUGGGAAUCUACUCCCAACCAUAUUAUAAGUGUAAAAAUAGAUGGCUUCGGUGUCAUUUGUUUCAUUGAAGGCUAUUGGUUAUACCUAAUUGAUAUUUUCUGUUUGUAUCUUUCUACAGAAAUUGUAGUGGAUCCAUCCUUCCAUUAUAGAAACUGAAAGAUGAAAGCAAACCUGCUCUUACUUUGUUUUUCACAUUCCCCAACAUCUUUCCCCUUUUGAAAAUCCAACUCAUAUUAAAGAUGAGCACGGACACUGAUGUCAUUAAAUGCUUUUUAUUAAGUUUGAUUUAGUCUAACCUCAGUCUUGUUGACGUGUAGUUCAGUUACUCAGUUUGGAAAGAUCAUUACUAUUUCACUGAUUUCAAAUUUACCCUGCCUAAUGGAAAAGUAUGGUUUAAGUAAUAUUAGGAAGCAGGAUAAAUAAUUUUUGAAAUUUAAAGGUUACAGUUUGCUACUCAGAUAAGGCCACUUUCAGUCUUCUUGGGCUAGACAGUUGUUGCUAGACCUGGGCUUCUUCCUUGGGUCUAGCUCUGCCCUUCUGUCUCCUCUCAUGACUAUCCCAAGUCUUUUACACCUUUUAUUUCAACAGUGCUCUUUUAAGGCACUGUUGUUUACAAAUGACAGCUUAAAUUAAUUUAGGAAGAGGAAUUUACAGGCCUAGGUAACUAUACUGAAGUAGGUGUCUCGGACUUUUGGAAAUUAGACGCUUGCCUGCAGUCAGGACGGAUGUUUUAUUUUUACUUGUCAGUUUCAUCCUUUCAAAUCACCUCUUACCAGCAUGGCUGCAACCUCUCCAGGUCCCCCUCCAGCUCAGCAGCCCAACAGAGCCUGAGCCUCACACUCUGUGGAGGGUCCCAGGACUCCUCCUGGCCAGGUGCUCAUCUCUGGACUGUCCGCUGUGCCUCUAGAGCUGUCUGAGAGCUCCAGGCUGCCCUGUCCAUGGAGCCCAAGAUCCUUCCGGCCUAAGUAAAGUUGAUGCAGCAAAGAUUAUCCUCUUUUAUGGUUGGGCCUUGAAAGUCAAAUGUGAAGACCUGUCACAUUGUGAAUCUUCGUUUUGUCAGAAAAUUGCCACUAAAACAAAACAAUUUAUUCUUUGUUCUAGGAACUACUGUGUAAUAAUUUUUGCUAAAUAUUGAUACAAUGUAAAAUUCAAGAUAUUUAGUUUUAUUUUUCCAGGUAAGCUCUGGUCAGCCUUGUAUAUACGAUGGUGACUCCCAAAUUAUAUCAGCCUUUUAUACACUAUUUACCAUGGCUCUGUGUACCUAAGUCCACAGAGUGGACAGAUUGCUUGAGGGAGGGAGUAUAUUCAAAGUGCAUGCAGGGCUGAGUCCUGGAGUUCCAUUUUAGAAGAUGGAAAGAGGCAGAAAAAUCUAGCAAAGGAGAUGAAGAAGCUGGUGAAGUAGGAAGGAAAUACUUCAAGCCAAGUGAUCGAUUCUAUCAAUAUUGCUGAGAAUCCAAGACAAGACAGAAUUACCACUGGACUUGGCAAAAUUGCUGUUGCUGACAGCACUGAUGAAUUCUGACAGAGUGCUCAGGACGGACUUCUGGGGUGGACUGGAAAGGUCGGAGGUGAGGAAGCAGAGAUCACGGACUGAGACGGCUCUUUUCAUGAGUUUUGCUCAAGAAGGGAGAGAAGAAAUGGUGCUGCAGCCAGAGGGGGUGUGAGUGAAACCAGGUUUUUGAAGAUGGGAAAUAAAGAACGUUCCAUUAAUCAUUUCCGAUGGCCUGCUGGGUGUCUCCACCUGUCUUGUGAUGGCCCCUCAAUUCAGUUUGACCAGAAUUUCUCUUUCCCUGGCCCUUACCACUCUCCUCCUGUGAUCUUAGUUUCUGUUCCCUAGAACUAGGAUGCUUCCGGCUUAUCAAACUUCAAAUGUUACCCUUCAGUGUCCUCCCACUGCUCUCGAGGAAUCCAGGGUCCCAACAUGGCCUCCAGGACCACCCCCCUGUGACUCGACCCUCAGUUGCCCCUCCCUCUUGUCUCAAAACCUGGGCUCCAGCUGGCAGCCGGCCUUUCCUCUCCUUCCCUUCGUUCCUGCCCUGGGCUUCAUCAUAGGCCCCGGGCUUCACAGGUGCUCUCUCUGCCCAAAUGGCUUCUCCCACCCACUCUGCUCAGCUGACUAUCCCUCACAUCCUUAUGCUGUAGAUACUUGAUGUUUUUGUCUGCCCACCACUCCUACCCCCUUAAAGGAAAACGCUCCGAUUUUCCCUGAGCUCAGCCCAGUUCCAAGACCAACCAAGCAGGGUCACAGUCCCUGACCAGUUGGUAUUGGGCACGUGACCCACGUCAUAUCCAAGAGAGCCAAUUGUGGGACUUUGGGGAACUACUAGGAAGAGCAGAACGUUUUUCUGGAUGUGCAGAGAUGUGUACCCGGAGCCACGAAGGGAGAGGCCGAAGGUGGAGCUGCCACCGAAGUUCCAGCAGGAGACGUGGGAGGGCUUGGAGGCCAACUCUAACCCCAAUUUUUCAGGUAAAUGAUUCAUAAACUCCUUGUUUUCUCGUUUCGUGAAGCUCUUAACAGUCCUGCCUCAUCUGCUUCAGGUCUCAGAUUAAAUGUCAUUUUAUCAAAGAUUUUACCGAUUUUCCCAGUCAGCGCCCUAUUCUCAUCCUUUAUAGUACUUGGUAGAAUCUGUAACAGAAUAUUUGAGUGUACAUUUAUUUAAUGUUCACUGCCCCACUGGACCAUAAGGUCAAUGUGGUCAAGGACCUCAUUUGCUUGCCUUGUUCAUUAUUACACUGGUACCUGCCAACUUAAAAUAUUUACUGGUUAGUGAUAACAUCAAACACUUACUGAGGUCUUACUAUGCUAGGCAUGGUUCUAAGUACAUUCAUUAACCCAUUUAAUUCUUAAAAAGUAACUCUUAGCAAAUAGGUGCUAGCAUUUCGACUUUUCAGAUGAGGAAAUUGAGGCUUUAAUGAUGGACUUCUCUUUCCACGUCCCAUUUUCCCAGCCCAGACCUUGCUGACCGCCUCUGGGCUGUGUUCCCUCCCCCCAUCCUCCACCACGCCCCCGCUUGUCACCUGACGGCAGAAGCAUCCUACGGUCCUCUUCAUCCUGAUCUCUGGCCAAACUCCUGGUGAGUGCUCCGGUGUUCCUGGCGUUUCAGCUCACGCCACCCUUUAUCUACUGGGAGCCGAAAUCCAACCCCUGUGGGCGCUGAACAAGGUCACAUGCCAUCCUCAGCAGCAACUUGUCUUUCUCACGACACCUUCUAAUCCGCCUUUGAUCAUCGGCACUUACACCUUUUGUUACCAGACUGCGGCUUUCUGAGGAAGGGUCUGUGUGUCGGGUCUGUCUGCACCCCCAGGCCCACGGCAUUCAUCCCGUAUUUUAUUCCCUGAAGUGUGGAAGGAGCUAGUACUACUACAGAUUCUGACAGUCUCCAGUAAUGCAUGCAGAUUUUGGAAAGGCCUCGGGUGGUUCACCUCAUUCAUAGUUUCAUCCUCUCCUGGACGCUUUCUGAGGAGUUGUUGGCUGCAGCUGGGCUGGCCCGCCAGCGUGGGCAGGAGCAGGAAAUUCUGACAGCUGAAGGCAUGAAGUGAGGGGGCUACAUAUGCCUUUUUUCUUCUUUGUUUUUAAAACAGCUGUUUAUUGAACAUGCCCUUUCUACCAGGCCCUCCUCUAAGCCCCCUUUCAUCUGGCUCUUCUCAACGGUGUUCUGAGGUAGGCGUGUGAUUAGAUCACCUUUAUAGAGUAAACUCAUGACACUCCCAGGCUGAUGGGUUUUGCUUAUUAAAAUUAUUUUAGUAUUUAUUAUUAAAACUGCUUUUUAGGUUUCAGCUUAUUCCUCCUAGGGAUUACAGGGUGGGGGGAGAUCAAUGACUGUCUUCAUAGAAGAGUUGCCUAGUUCAUGAUUAAUCCUAACAGAAUAAAUAUGCUUCUUUCAAGCUUGUUCCAUUACAGGUUCCAAGAAACUGUAGCAAUUUGUAAGAACAACCUAUAUCUAAGCAAUACAAUACACACCAGAACACUCAGACCUCACCUGGCUGCUCUUGACACUCAACCUGGAAACCAUGACCAUAUCAUUUCCUUAAAAGACAGGUGUUUUGGUUUGCACCAGAACUGAAGCAUGCCCACAUACUCUGGAUGACGGUCCCCUGGCAGAAGUCUGUAAUGCAGACAGCUUCACCGCAAGAGCAGUACCAGUGCAGCGGGUGGAAGCCAGCUGGCAGUGAGCUGAGGAAAACACAACACUAUUUUUGGAAACGUAUGUUUCAAGUCAUCUAUUGUUGUCUACCUAGAGGUUCCCAGCCCACUUGUGAGCUGUUACUUAAAGCAGGCCUCCACUUCGGCUGAAGUGAAAAUGGUAGCCACUGCCUG